AUGCCCCAAGAGCUCAUUGAUCAUAUUCUCGACUUCCUGCAUGAUGAUAUCCCCACCUUACGAACGUGCUCCCUCAUAUCCAGUGCUGUUCUGCUUUUCAGCCGCUGCCAUAUCUAUUCAAACGUGUUUAUCGUGGAACGUUCUGAAUUGGACCUGUUUCGAGAACAAUACGCUGCACAACUUCAUCUUACACAGAGUCUUCCUCGCCGCUCUCCGCUCUCUACCACUCCAAACGCUCAUCUUCACUUCUAUCACGUAUGGAACAAACAAUUCGAAGAUAAAAAUUUGGCCCCGGAGCCUUACCUGCCGAUUCUCCCUCCGCCGGAUGGCCUACCAGCGUUGGAGUCUUUAUCUAUCGCUGGGGCCGCAACGGUCGGCAACAUUGCGAGGCUGUUCUUCAACCAAUCCCUGUACUACAUCAGCCGUAUCCGACAUCUCUUUCCAACCAUACUUUGCGACCACCUCAUCGCCCGUUCAGAGACUCCUUAACGCGAUCCAAGGAUCACUUGAGUGCUUCACGUUGGAUAUCAACGCCUGGACGGGCAAGUCGCCGUUUUCUUCGACUGUCAUCUCACUAGCUUCCUUCCAAAGAUCAACAGGCCCGUUUAGAUCUGAGCCGACAACAGAAACCUCUCCUCUUUUUUCAUGAUCUUGGUUUUUCCGCUGGACCCUCGGUUUUUUUUGGAAUGUGCAUCAGUCCUACGUUGCGGACAUUGACAGUAGAGCAAGUUUGUAUCGACUGGGAGCCUAGGGUUCAUGCCUGGGCUGAGGUUAAUGCUCACCUUGACAGACUGUCGCUACCUGCGCUGCAAAGUGUCCAUGUCAGGCUACAUGACAGCGCACAUGGCGGUUGCCGCUGUUAUAGAUGCGAAGGCCUUAAGCCUCUAAUGGAUCAUGAAAGUUAGAAGCGUCAGGUUGAAGACACCAUGCCUUUGCUGAAAGAUAGAGGUGUUUUUUUGGAGGUUGAAUGGUUAAACAGCGCUACUGCAUACGGAAGGCUUUCGACCAAGUAGUCUUG